AGGGAUGCCCCUUCCAUUUUGUGGCUCUCCAGAGCUGCUAAGUGCGUCAGUUUUGGAGAGACGUAGACGAGUUGUGUUCUGGUCUGCGGGGAGGUAGACGGCUUUGUCGCAGACUACAAACCUCUGUGGGUCUCAGCCGCCAGAGAUCCUGUCCGGUAGGUGAGUGGCACACUUUGAGGGCAAGGCUCCUCGGAUCGAGGCUUCUUCAUGGCCGCUCAGUUCGCGAGCGGUGGGGGCUGCUCUUUUUGCGGAGGACGGCGUCUAAUGAACGCAGUUGAUCGAGGGCCCACUAGCAGGAGGUCAUGAGUGGCUGUCGAGUGUUCAUCGGGAGACUAAAUCCAGCGGCGAGGGAGAAAGACGUCGAAAGAUUCUUCAAGGGAUAUGGGCGGAUCAGGGAUAUUGAUCUGAAAAGAGGGUUUGGUUUUGUGGAAUUUGAGGAUCCCAGGGAUGCGGAUGAUGCGGUGUAUGAACUUGAUGGAAAAGAACUUUGUAGUGAAAGGGUUACUAUUGAACAUGCUAGGGCUCGGUCCCGAGGAGGAAGAGGUAGAGGACGCUACUCUGAUCGUUUUAGUAGUCGCAGACCUCGAAAUGAUAGACGAAAUGCUCCACCUGUAAGAACAGAAAAUCGACUUAUAGUUGAGAAUUUAUCCUCCAGAGUCAGCUGGCAGGAUCUCAAAGAUUUCAUGAGACAAGCUGGGGAAGUAACCUUUGCGGAUGCACAUCGACCUAAGUUAAAUGAAGGGGUGGUUGAGUUUGCCUCUUAUGGUGAUUUAAAGAAUGCUAUUGAAAAACUUUCUGGAAAGGAAAUAAAUGGGAGAAAAAUCAAAUUAAUUGAAGGCAGCAAAAGGCACAGGUCAAGAAGCAGGUCUCGAUCACGGACCAGGAGUUCCUCUAGGUCUCGUAGCCGGUCUCGUUCCCGUAGUCGGAAGUCUUACAGCCGGUCAAGGAGCCGGAGCCGGAGCAAGUCCCGUUCUGUUAGUAGGUCUCCUGUGCCCGAGAAGAGCCAGAAACGUGGUUCUUCAAGUAGAUCUAAGUCUCCAGCAUCUGCAGAUCGCCAGAGGUCCAGGUCAAGGUCCAGGUCCAGGUCCAGGUCCAGGUCCAGGUCCAGAUCCAGAUCAGUUGACAGUGGCAAUUAAACUGUAAAUAACUUGCCCUAGGGGCCUUUUUUAAAAAACAAAUUCCCAAACCAUACUUGCUAAAAAUUCUGGUAAGUAUGUGCUUUUCUGUGGGGGUAGGGUUUGGAGGGGGUGGGUUGGGCUGGAUAUCUUUGUAGAUGUGGACCACCAAGGGGUUGUUGAAAACUAAUUGUAUUAAAUGUCUUUUGAUAAGCCUUCUGCUCACAUUUUUGUGAAUGUCUGAAGUAUAUAGUUUGUGUAUAUUGACAGAGCUCUUUUAUAACUAAAGCAAACUUAAUUUUUUGUACUAGAAAAAAGUUUUGAAUAUUUUAGUUCUUGGUUAUUCAAAUAUGUUAAUUAAGAAUUAGUUUAAUGCUUCAAUUAAACUAAUUAAUAGCUUUGGACACCAAAAGAGCUCUAAAUUUGCUUGUAUAUAAAGGCUUAAUUUGAGUUUUUCUUGUUAGGGUUAAGGGUGUCCUCCUAUUCACCCAUUAACAGUUGCAGGAUAGACACACACGGCAGCUGUUUGUCAAUGAUAAUAAAAUACUACAAAAUUGCUUUUUUUGUUUGAGGAAGUCCCACAUUCUUACUGCCAUUUCCUUUCACGUUUAAAUUGCAACAUAUCUGUAAUCCGGGAUGAUUACUAACAUUUCCAGAUUAUUUGGAGAAGCUGACAAGUCAGUGAACUGUUGAAAUGUGUGUGUGUGUGUGUGAGAGAGAGAGAGAGAGAGAGAGAGACUGAAAGUUGGUAGUGACCAUGUAUGUGUGGACGCGUGUGCGCGUGCGUGCAGAGGUACUUCCCUAGUAUUUCAUUUACCAUCUGACUUUAUUGGCAUCAAGUUAGUGAAACUGAAAGAGCCAAAGGACAGUUUGGGAAACAAGUUGUACGUUUCUUGCCGGUGAUAGUACAGUUUAGGUGGCCUGACUUUGUUAGGUUGACGAGCUAAUACAGAAGGUUGAGAGACUUCCAUCCUGCUUUGCGUAAAUGUGCCACUGCGUUUAGAGAAGGCAGCAGUCCUGUGUACUUCUUCAUUGAGGUUUUAGAGCUCUAUAUCUUAAGUCUUCAAACUUGCCCCGUAAGUGUGGGAAAUGAACUUUAGGAAUGACAAAGACCACUCUUUGACCUUUGUUUUGGGAGUGAGGCUAGAAUACUUAGUAAGAUCUGUUUAACAUCAAACUGUAAUAGGUGAUUUUAAGUGCUUACUUGGGAUCUUUGAAACUAUUAACUACCAUAUUACAAAGGGAAUACAGGAGCUUUACAAGGACUGUUAAGGGGUGGAGUAUUCUAGAGUCCAAGAAGUCUAUAGUUUUAGGCACCCUAGAACUGUAUGGUUCUCUUUUAUUUUUUACUCUAGCUUUUAAGGAAGAUGAGGUUAGAAAAAAUAAACUUGGCUUUCCUGAAGCGGUAUAGGAGUUAGGAGUAUGAAUCUCUGUCUGGAGAGUAGAUUUAAAAUGCUAGAAUGUUCUUAAAUGAAGACCCUUAGAAGAUUAGAACUUGAACCAUGGAGUAACAUGGGUCCUCUUAAAUAGGCUGAGUCUUAAGUUUGCGGUGUGCUGGUUUAU